AGGUGGAAGGAGAGGGGGGAGAAGGCUGGCUGGAGGCAGAGGUGGACUGUUGGACAGAAAGGCUGUGAUUUGUACCUCCUGGCUGGCAGCAACAGACAGACGCUCCUCACCAUGUAUGGCAGUGGCUUCUCCACAGAGGCCAGUUAGCCAGCACAUGCUGGAGACUGGAGCUGGACACUGGAUGAAUGGACUGGGCAUAUGUCAGAGGACACACAGUACAUGGGAGUAGUGGUCAUCAGGACGUAAGGAGAGUUACAGCAGCCUUGGAGUAACACUGAGCAGUAAGAACUGGAGCAAGAGCAGCCUGAGUCUACAGUAAGCCCAGUUACUCAUCACAUGUUGCAGUCUGGGUCUGAGCUGUGGAACAUAGAGAAGUAGAGAUGACUGGAACCCUGCUGACUCUGGUUCUGCUCUGUUGCGUAGUGGUGCUGUGUGAAUGUGAGCCAACUCAGCCAGGGCUAGACAGAGGAGAGAGGGGCUCAGAUGAGGGCAGCAGUCUGCGCCUGGUCCAUCAAACAUCAGACUGGGUGUUCCAGCUGGUCAAUGUGUCCCUGGCCCUCUCCCAGGCAGGGAGCUUCUGCAGGGGACAGUUCAGCUCCCUCACCACCCUGGGCCAGCCUGAAGACGAGGAGGGAACCCUGGAGCUCAUCAGGCAGGCAGGCCUGCAAGGACCCGUGUGGGUCAGAGACCCCAACAGGCCAACCAGCAGGUCUCUGGCCCUUGCCAAACAGUAUGUGUUGUUCCAAGCCCUGAACUUCCCCAGGGACUCCCAGGAGGGCUACGGCCGUGUCAACAUGACGUUCCCGGCCCUGCCAGCGGUGAGCGUGUGUGUCCGCGUGCAGUGGGACCCCCAGUGGUACCAGGUGUCCACCAUGUACUCCUACGCCGCGGCCGUCUUCACCAACGAGUUCCAGCUGCGCGGGCAGUUGGACGGGGCAGGACGCAUCCUGCUGGCGCUCAUUGUUCAUGGGCAGCACCGCCCCUACAAGGCAUCCUUCCCCAACGAUGGGGCCUGGCACCACCUCUGUGUCACCUGGCGCAAGACUGAUGGCCACUGGGCCAUCUAUGUGGACGGGGAGAGGGGGGACAUGGGCUCCGGGUCUGACACCCCCAGGGACAUACAUGGAGAUGGCAUACUUAUCCUGGGGCAGGAUCAGGACUCGUUUGGAGGGAACUUCACCGAGCCCUUUGUAGGGAAUAUCACAGAUCUGAAUGUCUGGGACACAGCCUUGGAGCAGAGGCAGUUCCGUGCCCUGAAUGGCUGCUCAUCUUUGACCCAGGAUGCUAUCUUUACCUGGAGUAUAGAUAAUAUGACACGUCACCCAGUGGUUGGAGAGGUGCCAGCCAUGCUGUUCUGCCCAGCGGUCCACAGGCAGAGGGAGAUGCAAGGCUGCAGGACUCUGGAGGGCUGGUCUAGCCAACAGCUCCCCCUGUAUGACUCUGCAGACUGCUCCACCACACUGCCCUUCAUCUGCAGGACCAGCAGGGAGCGCUAUGUCAAGAUGAAGGAGUUGAGUGAGUCUCAGCGCUCCCAUCCUAGUCCCUUCAUGCACCACCUCAUGCAGAUCUCCAAUGGAAAGCAGGGCGUGGAGGGUGUGAUGGGGGGGCAGCCAGGGAUCCAGAUGAGCUGGGGUCAGGCGUCCAGUCUGCUCAACUUGUCCAGGCAGGCCCUGGAGGACACCAGGGAGGGGCUGCAGCCAGAGGACAUGCUGUCCCUGGUCCAGCUGCUAGCGCGGGCUGCAGACGUGCCCACAGACACGGCCGCGGAAGGCAACGACAGCCUUGCCACCAUCAGCGCCGGGGAGCUCAGCCACACUUUUAUCACUGUGGCUGACAGCAUCAUCAGCCAGGACAACGCCCCCAAGUGGCAGGCCAUCAAACAGGUGGUGACUGGACCGAUGGCUGUGGUCAAGAGCAUUGACCGCAUGGUGACCAGUCUGAGCACUCAGCUGAUGACGGAAACGGACCAUCUACUUAUCCACAGGUCCAACAUCAAACUGGAGGUUCAGCAGCAGAGUCUGGGAGAGGGAUCGAGCGGGCCUAAGUUCUGUGGUCCAGACGUAGAGAGCGUCACCAACAUAGACUGUAUCUCAGUCCCCACGCAGAACAUGCAGAAUCUCCAUGACAACGGCUUCCAGAAGGUGACUGUGGUCAACACGUGGUACAGUUCCCUGCGGCCUCUUUUCAACGCGGGGGAGAACAUCACCAUGAUUCCCAUCGUCACCGAUGGCAUCCAGAGGUACCUGGGCACCAUCCUGGGCUCCUCUGUCAUCUCUACUACAGUCCUGGGGGACGGACAGCCUGUCAGCAUGGCUGUGCACUUCCAGCUCCAACACAGAGCUCAAAAUUCUGCAGGGACCGUGUAUGACCCAGUCUGUGCAUUCUGGGACUUUGAUCUGAUGCCAGAGGCAGGUGGGUGGUGGUCUACUAAAGGCUGUGAGGUCAUCUCUAAACACUACGACUCCACUGUCUGCUUCUGCAACCACACCACCAACUUUGCCCUGCUGCUGCAAGUCUAUGAAGUCCAGAGGAGUCCAGAGAAUGAGAGAGCCCUCCAGGUCAUGACGUUCAUCGGCUGUGGAGUGUCCCUGUGUGGCUUACUCUUCACCUUCAUCCUCUUCUUCGCUUUGGGAGUUCCUCAGUCUGACCGCACCACUGUCCACAAGAACCUGAUCGUGGCUCUGGGGAUAGCUGAGCUGCUACUGAUGUGCAGUGACUGGGCCUCUGCUAACGAGGGUGCAUGUCUGCUGGUGACAGCCCUGCUGCACCUCUUCUUCAUGGCCUCCUUCUCCUGGAUGCUGGUGGAGGGGCUGCUGCUGUGGAGUAAGGUGGUGUCUGUCAACAUCAGCGAAGACCGCAGGAUGAAGAUGUACUACGGCAUUGGCUGGGGUCUGCCUGUUGUGAUUGUUGGUGUAACCUUGACGAUAUCCCUGGACAAGUACAAAGCAGACAGCCACUGCUGGCUCAAUGUGGAGACUGAUAUGAUUUGGGCUUUUGUGGGACCUGUUCUUUUAAUCUUGGCCGUCAAUGCAGUGGUGCUGUGCCGUGUUGUCAUGGUGACGGUGUCCAGCGCUCGUCGUCGCGUAAAGAAGCACACUCCCAGUUCAGCAUCUAAACUCCACACCUUCGACCUGACCUGGGCUGUGACACGACCAGUCCUUAUUCUACUGCCAGUGCUGGGCCUGACCUGGCUGUGUGGAGUCCUGGUGCACCUCUCCAUGGUGGUGGCGUAUGUCUUCAUUGCUCUCAAUGCUUUUCAGGGCCUGUACAUAUUCUUGGUGUAUGCGGUUUACAAUAGUGAGGUGAGGAAUGCCAUAAAGAGGAUCAAAGAGAAGAGGAAAGCCUUGUCUUUCACGAACUGUUCCCAGCCAAUCAGCUUCCUGCCGUCCCAGAGGGGUCCGGCCCAGUCGUGGACCCACAGUCUGCCCCGUCCCUCCAGCCCAGAGACCAGCGAGACCUCAGGCCCCGGCAGCACCACCUCUACCUCACUGGUCAUCAAGAACGAGAGUUAUGGAAAAGAAAGUAGUUUUGUGAGCUUCUCCUUGAAACCAGCAUCAGGAAACCAGGUGGUUCAACUGACUGCUUUCAAGCCUUCAGGCUGCUGAUGGAACUGGACACCAAGGCACAUGUAUCAUAUACACUGGUGGGAAGAAAGAAGAAUUGCACAGUGAAUAUCACAAACAGAUACACACAAUAGAUGCAUCCUCUCUCAUACACAAAUAGUAGUAGAUAGUGUAAAUAGACACACACACGCACACACACAGAAUUAAAGACUCAAAUAUGUACUCGCAAGCACGCACAAAAAGGCAGGAAGCGUAUUUUAGGAGGACAGUUCCUCCUCCACAGUGCCCCAGGGUCAGGAAUCAUCUGCUGUUUAUGAAAUGGCUGUUUUACAGAGGCAACACAACGUUUGUCGUAGAUUUCAGUUUAAUUUUCUGUUGGAGAGUGGCUGAUCACACCUUCAGGUUUUUUUACAAUAAUAUUUGUGUGUGUGUGUGUGUACUUUUUGUUUUUACAGACAUAACUAGACAGUAGUUAUUACUGUAAACUGGAUAUAAACCUUUGAAUCUAGGAUUAAAGGGUUUUACUACUGUAAGAAAUCAUAUGACCAGACAACAAGAUUGUGUUGUCAGUGUGAGAACGUGGAUAGUAGGAUGACAGAUCAUCUCAUAGAUCAACAGUAUUAGAUAGUAGAGAUAGGCUGCUGACUUACUGUGGACUGACUGGGCAGCUUAUAAAGAGACUUUAUGAAGCCUACCACCUGUUGUCCACCUACUGUAUCACCAGACAACCACUAUGUGUAUUUGAGGCUGUGCUAGCUGCAGCUUGGCUGUCUCCCCAAGUCUUUCCUCCCUCCCCUGGCCUCCCCUGGCCUCCCCUACCUUACAACAAGCAGCAGAAAUCCUGGCCUCUCCCUAUCUCCACUACAGGAAGGUGCGCUCUGAACCGAGACACAUUAUUCACUACAGCUCAAAUGGUUGCAUGACACGAUUUAAAUCCCACAGGGAGAGUGGUUUUAUCCCAAUACAAGAAUGGGGGCAAAUAUACUGUACUUUCUCGUUUGAUGUAAUUUUAUACUGUUAUGAUAUGGGGGGGUUAGUGUUAGGACAGACAAGCACACUACCAAUCACUUCCACACCUCAUGCCCAGGAGGCAGCAGCUCCCUGGCUCAAGUGCUCAGCCAGGAAGUCUUGUGGAUCCUUGUUAAGUGCUGAUUGGAAACAAGAGUGAGCCAGCUUGCAGAGCCGUGAGGCUGCUGGUUUGUCUUGGUAGCCAUGUGCACCCUUGGCUUUGUUUAGAAAAAAAUGUUGGUCAUGUUUUUUCCUUUUUGUAUAUAUUUAUUUUCAUCACCCCUUUGAACAAUCAGAGGGAGCUGGCCCUGGAUCUAAGGUUGCUGUCUCCUGGGUACAUGUACAUACAACACUGUCCUCAUACACUGAUUUCUCACAUAUAUACACAUCUUAAAUUAGGUUAGAGACCAGUUGACUAGACCUAAGACACCUAUACUUAGCGAGUGCAACAGUAUUAGCAUGCUAGUUCAUCUGUUUCGUGACAAUACAUUGUAAGAUUUGUAUGAAAACGAUAGGUUUUCCAAAGCCCUUAUACUUUGUUCCUCAAAAGUAUUGUUUAAUUACUGUUAAUGGCCUCCAAUCUUUGUGCCCUUUGUAGUCAUUGGCUGAAAUGUACAUUUACACAUGUAUUUGUGAAGUAGCACUGGCUUAUCAGCCAAAAACCACAGACUUUCACGUGACUAGGAAUUACAUUGUCACGACUCAUAAAUUGCUGCCACUAUCCUGGAUAGCCUCCCAAGUAUUUUAAAAGAAUGUAUUAGGUAUAUAUGACCCCAAUGUCAUUGAUAAAUUGCGGGAUAGUUCAAUAGAAAUGGACAACACAUAAGUAGAGCUUUACUUAAUUGCAUUUAUUGGUUUGAUGCUAUUACAAUAAAAUAUAUUUCAAGAAAAUAAA